UUUCAUUUGUUUUGAUAGCAACACACGAUUCACAUUCUCCCUCCUCUCUAUGAAACUAAUAUAGGAGAGAAAGAACCAAAAAAAAAAAAAAAAUCAAUAUCAAAACAUGUCUCUUAAUUCUCCAUUGAUUAUUGAAGAAACAAAACAGAACAACAAAGAAGAAGAAAGAAGAAAAUUAGUUGAAGAAGUUAAGAAACAGUUAUGGUUAUCAGGUCCAUUAAUUUCAGUUACUCUUUUAAAUUUUGGUAUUAAUCUUAUUUCAGUUAUGUUUGUUGGUCAUCUUGGUGAGUUGCCUCUCUCUGGUGCUUCCAUGGCUACUUCUUUUGCUUCGGUUACUGGUUUCAAUUUAUUGGGAGGAAUGGCGAGUGCCCUCGACACAUUAUGUGGACAAUCGUACGGCGCAAAGCAGUACCGCAUGUUGGGCAUUCACAUGCAAAGAGCCAUGUUCAUUCUCAUGAUCGUCGCGAUCCCCCUCGCUAUUAUUUGGGCGAACACAAGAUCAAUUCUCAUUUUCCUUGGCCAAGAUCCUGAAAUUUCUACAGAGGCAGGGAACUAUGCUACGUUAAUGGUUCCGUCCCUUUUCGCUUAUGGUCUUCUGCAAUGCCUAAAUAGAUUCUUACAAACUCAAAAUAUUGUAUUUCCAAUGAUGUUUAGCUCCGCGGUUACAACUUUACUUCAUCUUCCUUUAUGUUGGAUUAUGGUAUACAAGUCUGGAUUAGAGAGCAGAGGAGCUGCCAUAGCAAAUUCUAUAUCCUAUUGGGUCAAUGUUACCAUAUUAUCACUCUAUGUCAUGUUUUCUCCUUCAUGUAAAAAAACAUGGAAUGGCUUUUCCGACGAAGCACUUGCACCGAACAACAUACCAAUUUUCCUGAAGCUUGCCAUUCCUUCAGCUGUAAUGGUUUGCUUGGAAAUGUGGUCGUUUGAGUUAAUGGUUCUCCUUUCCGGUCUUCUUCCAAAUCCAAAGUUGGAAACGUCGGUGCUUUCUAUAUGUUUGACUACAGCAGGAACUGUUUGGAUGAUCCCCUUUGGACUUAGUGGAGCUAUAAGCAUUCGUGUUUCGAAUGAACUCGGGGCUGGUCAUCCACGGGCUGCACGUUUGGCAGUUUACGUCGUUGUAGUGAUUGCCCUUAUUGAGAGCAUCUUAGUUGGAGCGGCGAUGAUACUACUUCGAAAUAUAUGCGGCUAUGCUUAUAGCAAUGAAGAAGAAGUUGUAAAAUAUGUAGCAACUAUGUUGCCAAUUCUUGCAGUAUCCAACUUGCUGGAUGGAAUGCAAUGUGUUCUUUCAGGCACUGCUAGAGGAGUUGGUUGGCAAAAAAUCGGCGCGUAUAUCAAUCUGGGAUCAUACUAUAUAGUCGGGAUUCCAUCGGGCGUUGUAUUAGCGUUUGUAGUGCAUAUUGGUGGGAAGGGGCUGUGGUUGGGGAUCAUAUGUGCACUCGUUGUUCAAGUUUUUUGUCUAACAAUCGUUACAAUUCGCACUGAUUGGGAUAAAGAGGCAAAGAAGGCUACUGAUAGAGUUUAUAAUUCAAUAACAACAGAGAGCUUAGUCUCAUGAUGAAGAAUAUGAUUUUUAUUUUGUUUUCUUAAUGCAUACUUAUAUUUGAGGAAUAUGGUUAGGCUGAACUACCAACUUAUCGAUAUUUGUAAUGAAAUUUACGUAUGGCCUAUCGACAGGUAACUUUAGAUUUGAAUGUAAGUUACAGUUUAGUGUGAGCGGAAGGUCUAUCAAAAUGUAUCGAGUUUAUGAGCAAAUCUGUUUAAUAUUUAGUAAAUCAGAA